AUGUCAAUAACGAUAGGUGCAUACACAAAACUUUCACCAUCUAAAGGUUUGACACCUUCACUCAUACCUGCAGAGCAGAAUGGUGCCGCAGAGGUCUCAAAAGACGGACAAGAGAGCAGAGUGCAGCAAACUUAUCAAGGCUGCAAAGAAAGCACUUACCGAGAAGCCGGAAAAGCGGGAUAUGUCAGAUCCGCUAGAUGGUCAGUAAGAAUUACGGAUCGCAGCUGUAGAUUAUUUGUCAAAGAAGUGUUCGCGCAAAAGCCAAGAAAGGCCAGAAUUGUCAGAAACAUCGAAUGGUUGGUAAGAGUCAUAAAUAGUAGCUGCAGAUGA